CACUCUCACACAUCUGGAGGGUAUCUGGACUAGCUGUGACUCUGUGCUUGCUAUGGGACAGACAGUGGUGGGAUUGGACAUCAGACCUCACCGGAUUUCAGUCAACUUUGCUUGAAAGCGAACUUGUACAACAGGAGCACUGAAUGCUGGAUAUGGCUUUUCCCAAGCAUUCCAUCAUGCAGACCAUGGUUGUGCUGCUCUUGGCUUGGGCCUUGGUGCAUUGCCAAGCCCCUCUACAACCAGGGGAAGAGGAGGAGGAGGAGGAGCCGAUAGAGAAGAAGGCAAAAGUGGUGGCAAAACCCGACGUGAUUAUCUGUCCGCCAGAGUGCAGCUGCACGGUGGAAGGGGCUGUGGACUGUGCUGGAGUUGACCUCACCAAGUUCCCCAGCAAACUGUCUGAGAACACCCGCCAGCUCUCUCUACAGAACAACCAAAUUCAGGAAGUAACGGUGGAACACCUCUCCUAUCUGCACCAGCUGGAGACUCUCAAUCUUCAGAACAACUGGCUCACCACUCACGGUCUGGAAGAUGAAGGAUUUGAAGUGCUUGAACUGCUGGCUUAUUUGUACUUGGCAAAUAAUAAACUCACAUCAGCACCCAAACACCUGCCACCCUCUUUGGUCAGUGCUGAUUUUGCUGCUAAUCAGCUUACAAAGAUCUACCCAUACACGUUUGGCCAGAAACCCGCACUAAAAUCUGUCUAUCUCCACAACAACAAGCUGACAGAUGCAGGGCUCCCAGAACAGAUGUUCAAUGGCUCUAACAACUUGGAGAUCCUCAUCAUGUCCAGUAACUUUCUGCGCCUCGUCCCCAGGAACCUUCCCUCCACCCUCCAUCGUCUCCAUCUGAAGAGUAACAAGCUGGAGAAAAUACCCGCAGGGGCCUUUGACAAUUUGCCGAACCUCAGAGAGCUGUACUUGCAGGACAACCUCCUGAGUAAUGAGGGCAUGGACAACGAGACCUUCAGCCACCUGACCAGCCUGGAGUGUCUGGACUUGUCUAAUAACAACCUGAGUGUGGUCCCAAAGGGUCUGCCUCGCAGUCUGGUGCUGCUGCAUCUAGAGAAAAACUCCAUCCGCAGCAUCCCCGGAGAUGCCCUUACAUCGGUCCGAAAUCUUGAAUAUCUGCUUCUCCACAACAAUAAGCUCCGCUCACGCUCCAUUCACCCUGCUGCCUUCCAGGGCUUGAAGAACCUGCAUACUCUCCACAUGUACAAUAACUUGCUGGAGCGGGUUCCCAGGGGCCUGCCCCGCCGUGCUAAGACCCUGAUGCUUCUCCACAAUGCCAUCUCUGAAAUUGGUCGCAACGAUCUGGUCAUUUUGUACACCCUGACAGAGCUCAACCUCAGUUACAACCGGCUGACCAGCUCCAAACUGCACCACGAGGCCUUCAGGAAACUGCGUGUGCUGGAAACCCUGGACCUGUCGGGCAACAGUCUUCAUUCACUGCCCCCGGGCCUCCCUCGCAGCCUGCAGGUGUUGAAAAUCAAGGACAACCAGCUAAACUCAAUACCAGAUGGUGUGUUGACGGGCAUGGAGAAGCUGAAGGAGAUCAACCUGAGCAACAACCGGCUGAAACUGAACUCCAUCUACCAGGGAGCUUGGAUGGAGCUGAGCUCACUGACCACACUAGACCUGUCCGGUAACCAGCUGUCCCACAUCCCAACUGACCUGCCUGAGUCUCUAGAGUAUCUUUACCUGCAAAGUAACCGCAUCACCAGUGUCCCCGCCUCGGCGUUUGAGGGGACACCUAACAUCAAAGGCAUUUUCCUGCGGUUCAACCGCCUUUCUGUUGAUUCUGUGAAAGAGAGCUCUUUUGCACACCUGGUCAACUUACAGGUGCUGGACAUAGGCCCGGGCAGCGAAGACCUCUCCUAUCAAGAAGAGGAAACGGUGGAAAAAGACAAGUAAGAGGGGAAGGAAAUGAAAGAUCAAAACUAGAUCACAUCUACUAAUGGAAAUUGUCCUGGGACUGCACUUGCACAAGGAAAGAAAGAGCUUUUAAAUGGAUGAAGACCUGUGAAUGACUGACCUAGUCAUCUCCCAGGUUUGUUAUGGUAAUGAAUGGCAGAUUUUCAUAUUUCUGGUGCAGGAUACCGGAUGAAGUUUUUUUUAUGUUUUUGCUUCUGGUUAAAUUCAACAGUGCAUAUGCUUAUAUCUGAGCUUCCAUAAUUGGUUUUGACUUUUGAUAUGAAAUAUCUGUUUUCUAAGGAGCAAAGUCGACUUUACCUUCUUCAGUUCAUGAAUUAUCUUUGCAAAAAUGAAUGUGAAUUUUCCUAACUUUUCAGAAUGCAUGCGUUACGAGUCAAACAUUUGACCAAAGGCAAGACUUGUUAUAUGUUGAUCAUAUUGCCUGUGUCUUCCUGUGCUGUGCUUCAAGAAAGACUUCUGAAAGGCUACUUGCUCUGGCUUAUGAAUCAGUUUUACAAGUCUGUGAAACAUUUGGUGUACUUGAUCUCUUUGAAAAAAUAAAAAAUAAAAGAAAAUGCAAAUCAAACCUUUUGACACGCAGCAACAAAGUCAUCGCUCUGAAACGGAUUGCAUUGAAUGCAUCUAUUUUCAUAAUCCUAAAGUAGUUUUUUUUUAAAGUUGUAAACCUGAUGCCAGCCAAUGAGCUGUCCUAAUGGAUAGCAAUUUAUUUCAGAAUAUCAAUGUGUAGAACUGUGGACUUCACUGUUAUUAUGCAAUUCCUAUGUCAUGUGUUUGUGAUGAAAAUUAUUCCAAGCAUAAGAAUAAUUUCAACCUACCUGGAGCUUUUAUCCAUGCUGCUAUUGCCUCACUUUAGAACAGUUUUGUUUUAUAGACCAGGACAAAACUGAAAAUAUUUUUAUAUAAAUAUUUGAAAUAAGCUGCAGAUAUUUUUGUAUGACAUCUAAGGUAAAAUACACAUGCUCUCUGAUGGAUUUCACAACAAAGCGACGAAUGCAGAGUCUCUUUUUCCACAGUAUUACUAUUCUAUCACAUUUACAGUCAUGGCAUCUAACAAAGCAAUAAAUUAUUUUAA